GUUUAAAAUAAUUAAUUUUUGUAAAUUAAUAAUAAUUAUUUAAUAUUAAUUAAUUAUAAUGGUUUCAUUUGCAGUACAAUUUACCUUAGUUUUUGCAAUGUUGUCAAUCAUUGCGUAUUACUGCACAUCAAUGCGGAAUAUAUUGACAAUUUGUGACAAUAUUUUGUUGAUAUUGUUUACCACGUAUUUAUUCACUAUAUUAUGGCGGAAAUUCAAGCCUAAAAUUAUGUUGUCAUCGAUGGGCAAAGCUGUGUUGAUAACAGGUUGUGACACCGGCUUUGGGCACAGACUGGCUGUGCGUCUCAAUCAGCGCGGGUUCAGAGUCUACGCGACCGUCAUAUCCGAGUCCAGUGACGGCGCUAUAGGGUUGACCUCAAAAGUGCCCUAUCCCGACAAAAUGCAUGUUCUUGCUAUGGAUGUAACCAGCGAAGAACAGGUUCAAAAAGCCGUUGAACAUGUUAAACUGCAUUUAAACGAAAAAAGCCAAGGUGAUCAGUUGUGGGCUAUUGUAAACAACGCCGGCACCGCUUGUAUAGGGCCUAUGGAGUGGGGAAGUGUCGAGUCCUAUGAGCGAGUAUUUGCUGUGAAUAUGUUUGGUGUAGUUCGUGUGACUAGAGCUUUCCUACCGCUUAUCCGGGCCUCAAGGGGUCGUGUAGUGAACGUGGCCAGUAUGUUGGGCCGCUUUUCCGUGUGCUAUAUCGGGUGGUACUGUAUGUCCAAACACGCGGUGAUUGCCUUCUCGGACACACUUAGGCGUGAAAUGCGUUCAUUUGGUGUACGGGUGGCCACUAUUGAGCCCUCAUUUUUUCGCACCGGUAUUACACAACAGGACAACAGUUUGCGCGGUUUAUUGCGGACAUGGAGUCAAACACCAACUGACAUACAACAAGCAUAUGGUAAUAAUUACCUGGAUGGUUUAAAAGAGAAUAUACUGCAAAACGAUGAUGUUUGGCGAUCCGGCGAUAAUAUCAAUAUUGUUGUUAAUGAUAUAAUUGAUGGCAUACAGAAUGCUGAGCCCAAAGUUAGGUAUACCCCUGUUCAAGGGUGUGACUCGGGUUUUGGGCACAGACUGGCUGUGCGUCUCAAUGAACGCGGGUUUAGAGUCUACGCAACCGUCGUAUCCGAGUCCAGUGCCGGCGCUAUAGAGUUGACUACAAACGCACGCUUUUCCGACAAAAUGCAUAUUUUGGCUAUGGAUGUGACCAGAGAUAACCAUGUUCAACGAGCAUAUAAGUACAUCAAGCUGCAUUUAAAAGAAAAAUGCCAUGGUGAUUACCUGUGGGCACUGGUAAACAACGCUGGCAUCUGUAAUGAAUGUCCCAUUGAAUGGGGAACUGAGGAAAUGUAUGAACAGGUGUUUGCUGUAAACAUGUUUGGUGUGAUACGAGUGACCAGGGCUUUCUUGCCACUUAUCCGGGCCUCACAAGGUCGUGUGUCUCCACGUCCGGCAUAUUUUCCCAAAACGGCAAUGACCGCGUGUUUGGACAUACAGUACCACCCGAUGGGACUCAUGGAUAUGCGGCCCAUUAUACACGACACGUUCACCACACGACCU